AUCAUCUGACAUCAGCUGCAGCUGUCCUGUGAGGACUCUCUGGCCGACACUCUCACACUUGGGAAUAGACUGUGCCACCAAACGUCUCUCUUGGAGAUUUCUUAUGUGCAUCUGACAAGAUUCCCAGGCAAACAAGCCAUUUUUCACCACUCCUAAAUACAGAAUGACAAUAUGGCCAUCAAAAUGCUUCCUCCCGGCCCUGACAGCCUGCAGCGAUUUACCAAAGAGAGCAUUGCAAAAGUAGAAAAGCGAAUUGAAGAGGAAGAGAUCCGGAAAGCCAAACAGAUUGAGGUUCUUGAAGAUGUGGUACUUAAACCCAACAUUGGCCUGGAAGCUGGGAAAAAUCUACCACUUAUUUAUGGUGAUCCACCGCCGGAGCUUAUUGGGGUCCCCCUAGAAGAUUUGGAUCCUUUUUAUAGUAACCAAAAGACGUUCAUUGUCCUGAGUAAGGGUAAAGCAAUAUAUCGUUUCACUGCCACCAAAGCCUUGUACCUACUGGACGCUUUCAAUCUAUUAAGAAGAGGAGCUAUCAAAGUGCUGAUCCACUCAAUAUUCAAUUUUUUUAUUAUGAUAACAAUUUUAACAAAUUGUGUUUUCAUGACUAUGAGUGACCCACCACCUUGGUCUAAAAAUGUGGAGUACACAUUCACAGGCAUUUACACUUUUGAGUCUUUGAUAAAGAUCUUUGCCCGAGGGUUUUGCAUCGACAGUUUUACAUUCCUCAGAGACCCAUGGAACUGGCUGGAUUUUUGUGUCAUUGUGAUGGCUUAUACCACAGAGUUUGUAGAUCUGGGGAAUGUAUCUGCUCUAAGGACAUUCCGUGUCCUCCGUGCACUUAAAACAAUCACUGUAAUUCCAGGCUUGAAGACCAUUGUUGGAGCCCUCAUUCAAUCUGUGAAAAAGCUGGCAGAUGUAAUGAUUCUCACUGUCUUCUGUUUGGCCGUCUUUGCACUAAUUGGUCUUCAGCUAUUUAUGGGAAAUUUGAGACAAAAGUGUGUCUACUGGCCGCCACCAGAGGAAGCAUAUGAAUAUUACAGAAACUUGACGAUAAGUUCAAUGAAUUUGGAUUUUGAUGACAACUCAACCUUAUACAAUAACACUGACCUGUUUGCCAACGUAUCCAUAGACUGGACUACCUACCUCAAUGAUGAGUCUAACUUUUACUACUUGGACGGAGCACUGGAUGCUCUUCUGUGUGGAAACAGCAGUGAUUCCGGGAGAUGCCCAGAAAGCUAUACAUGUAUGAAGACUGGAAGAAAUCCCAACUAUGGGUACACCAGUUAUGACUCAUUCAACUGGGCCUUUUUGGCACUGUUCAGACUGAUGACUCAGGACUACUGGGAGAACCUGUUUCAACUGACCCUCCGAUCUGCGGGUAAAACAUACAUGGUUUUCUUCGUUCUGGUGAUAUUCCUUGGCUCAUUUUAUCUUAUCAACCUUAUCCUUGCUGUGGUGGCCAUGGCUUAUGCCGAGCAGAAUGAAGCCACCAUGCAGGAAGCCAUAGAAAAGGAGAGAGAAUUCCAAGAGAUGCUGGAACAGCUAAAGAAACAUCAAGAAGAACAAGGUCAAAGGAAAGCCAGCAUGGCCUCGGUAGGACUUAUCAAUGAAGAAAGGAAGAAAUCCACAGAACUAGGUAUAGCCAAAGAAGACAGAGAGAAGGACUGUAACGGACGAGAGAUACCUCGAGUGGUGAUAGAGGCAGUUGAUUCUGAAGAUGAUGUCACCUCGGUAAAGAAUGAUCUUGAGAAAAACUCCAAGAAGUAUUUGGACGAACCAACAUUGCAACACAAAAUAGGCAGUUCUGCUAGUAUCGUCUCUGAAGCCAUGAUAGAAGAACUAGAGGAGGCUCACCAGACGUGUCCACCUUGGUGGUACAAGUUUUCACACACUUUUUUGAUUUGGGACUGCUGUAAACUCUGGGUGAAGUUCAAGGAGUAUGUACGAUUUGUGGUCAUGGAUCCUUUUGUGGACCUUGGGAUCACUAUCUGCAUUGUUCUCAACACGCUUUUCAUGGCUAUGGAGCAUUAUCCAAUGACUAAACAGUUUGAGAAUGUGCUUAGCAAUGGAAACCUGGUUUUUACUGGUAUUUUUGCAGCUGAAAUGUUCUUCAAGGUGAUUGCCUUGGAUCCAUAUUACUAUUUCCAGGUUGGAUGGAACAUUUUUGACAGCAUAAUAGUCACCCUGAGUUUGGUGGAACUUGGCCUGGCUAAUGUGGAUGGUCUGUCAGUGUUGCGUUCCUUCCGUCUGCUUAGGGUCUUCAAACUUGCUAAGUCUUGGCCCACACUAAACAUGCUCAUCAAAAUCAUUGGUAACUCGAUAGGCGCCCUUGGAAAUCUCACACUGGUCUUGGCCAUCAUCGUCUUCAUCUUUGCAGUGGUGGGAAUGCAGCUUUUUGGGAAGAGCUAUAAAGAGUGUGUUUGCAAGAUCAACUCAGACUGUGUUCUUCCUCGGUGGCACAUGCAUGAUUUUUUCCACUCUUUCCUCAUUGUUUUCCGAAUCCUGUGUGGGGAGUGGAUCGAGACUAUGUGGGACUGUAUGGAGGUGGCAGGACAAGCCAUGUGUCUCACUGUAUUUAUGAUGGUCAUGGUGAUUGGUAACUUAGUGGUGUUGAACCUAUUCUUAGCUUUGUUGCUGAGCUCCUUUAGUGCUGACAACCUCUCCGCCUCUGAUGAUGAUGGGGAAAUAAACAACAUACAGAUUGCCAUAGGGAGGAUUACUAGGGCCAUCGACUUUGUCAAGAAAACGGCUGUUUCCUUGCUACCAUUCAUGAAGACGGUGCAGAAUAAGGAGGAAGAAGAGGAUAAUAAUGAGGAUGUAAAUAAAGAGAGUAUUGCUCUGAACCACAUAGAGACUGAAGAGGAGCCCAAGCCUGAAAGUCCAGUUGAUGGCCUGGUGAAAAAGCCACGGUACAUCAUGACAGAAUUAGAUCAUAUGAACCUGAUUAACAACCCACACUACAGGAUAGAAGUGCCCAUAGCAUCUGAAGAGUCAGAUCUGGAUGUUCCUGAUACGGAUGAGUUCAGUACUCAGUCAGAGUUUGAGGAGAUGGUAAUAAAACCCAAGAAGAAAUUUGAUGAUGGCUCUUCAAUGGGUAGUACAGCAGAUUAUAGACCUCCAGAUCCAGAGGAUGAGGAAGAAGCUCUUAACCAUAAAGACGAGGAAGGCCCAGAAGAAUGUUUUACAGAAGCAUGCGUACGAAGAUUUCCAUUUCUGUAUGUUGACAUCAAAACUGAAAAGGGAAGGCUUUGGUGGAACAUUCGUAAAACCUGUUUCAAGAUAGUUGAACAUAAUUGGUUUGAAUCCUUCAUUAUCUUCAUGAUCCUGCUCAGUAGUGGAGCCUUGGCAUUUGAGGAUAUCUACAUUGAACAGAGAAAAUUUAUCAAAAUUAUGUUAGAAUACGCUGAUAAAGUCUUCUCUUAUGUGUUUGUGAUCGAAAUGUUGCUGAAGUGGGUGGCAUAUGGCUUCAAAGUUUAUUUCACCAAUGCUUGGUGCUGGCUGGAUUUUCUCAUUGUGGAUGUAUCGUUGAUCAGUUUGACUGCCAACUGGUUGGGUUAUUCAGAACUUGGUGCCAUCAAGUCCCUAAGAACUUUGAGAGCCCUCAGACCACUGAGGGCAUUGUCAAGAUUUGAAGGCAUGAGGGUUGUAGUCAAUGCCUUGUUGGGCGCCAUUCCUUCCAUCAUGAACGUGCUACUGGUUUGUCUAAUCUUCUGGCUGAUCUUCAGUAUAAUGGGCGUCAACCUGUUUGCUGGAAAAUAUUAUCGAUGUAUCAACACCACCACAUCGGAACUCUUUGACAUUUCUGUAGUGAACAAUCGCUCGGACUGCUUUGCUUUAAAUUACACUGAAGAAGUGCGAUGGGUUAAUGUCAAAGUGAAUUUUGACAAUGUGGGUCUUGGAUACUUAUCCCUAUUGCAAGUGGCGACAUUUAAAGGUUGGAUGGAUAUCAUGUAUGCAGCUGUGGACUCAAGGAAUAUUGAGGACCAACCCGUGUAUGAAAUUAACCUCUAUAUGUACCUGUACUUUGUGAUUUUCAUCAUAUUUGGGGCUUUCUUCACUUUAAACCUUUUUAUUGGUGUCAUCAUAGACAAUUUUAACCAGCAAAAGAAAAAGUUUGGAGGUAAAGAUAUCUUCAUGACUGAAGAGCAGAAAAAAUACUACAAUGCCAUGAAAAAACUGGGUUCAAAGAAGCCGGUGAAACCAAUACCUAGACCAGAGAAUCCGAUCCAAGGAGCUGUCUUUGAUUUUAUCUCCAAGCAAGCUUUUGACAUCUUUAUUAUGAUCUUGAUUUGCCUUAAUAUGAUUACAAUGAUGAUUGAGACAGAUGACCAAAGUAAAGAGAAAGUAAAUAUACUUUUCCAAAUCAACCUUGUGUUUAUUGUCAUCUUCACUACAGAGUGCGUCCUUAAAAUGUUCGCACUGAGGUAUUACUUCUUCACUAUCGGAUGGAAUAUUUUUGAUUUUGUGGUGGUCAUCAUCUCUAUAGCUGGUAUUGUCCUCUCAGACCUCAUAGCGGAAUACUUUGUGUCACCAACACUUUUUAGAGUGAUCCGACUUGCAAGAAUUGGAAGGGUCCUUCGACUCAUUAAAGGAGCUAAGGGAAUCCGUACUCUUCUGUUUGCUCUGAUGAUGUCUCUCCCAGCCCUAUUCAAUAUUGGUCUACUAUUGUUUUUAGUGAUGUUCAUUUACUCAAUAUUUGGGAUGUCUAACUUCGCCUAUGUGAAGAAGGAAUCUGGCAUUGAUGAUAUGUUUAAUUUUGAGACAUUUGGGAAUAGUAUGAUUUGCUUGUUUGAAAUAACCACCUCAGCAGGAUGGGAUGGACUUCUGAAUCCAAUUCUAAACAGUGGGCCACCGGACUGUGAUCCUCAUGCAGAGAACCCUGGAACAGCUGUGCGUGGGAACUGUGGAAAUCCAUCCAUGGGCAUUAUGUUUUUCUGUAGUUAUAUCAUUAUCUCGUUUUUGAUUGUAGUUAAUAUGUACAUUGCCAUUAUCCUUGAGAAUUUUAAUGUGGCCACAGAAGAAAGCGGUGAGCCCCUAUGCGAGGACGAUUUUGAGAUGUUUUAUGAAACUUGGGAGAAAUUUGAUCCUGAUGCAAGUCAGUUUGUUGAAUACAGCAGAAUGUCAGAUUUUGUGGAUACUUUACAAGAACCAUUACGGAUCGCGAAACCCAACAAAAUUAAACUGAUUACUUUGGACCUCCCUAUGGUAACUGGAGAUAAGAUACAUUGCUUAGACAUUUUAUUUGCAUUGACUAAAGAAGUGCUGGGAGACUCUGGAGAAAUGGAUGCUCUAAAAGCCUCAAUGGAGGAAAAAUUUAUGGCAGCCAAUCCUUCCAAAGUAUCUUAUGAACCAAUCACUACCACUUUGAAACGGAAACAGGAAGAAGUAUGUGCCAUCAAAAUCCAGAGGGCUUUCCGUAGGCAUCUACUGAAGCGUUCAGUAAAACAAGCCUCAUAUGUCUACCGUCAUAGCCAAGAUUUAGACUCAACCGUUGAGGACCCUCCAGAGAAAGAAGGUUUGGUGGCAAACAGAAUAAACACUACCUAUGGACAUCUUGAGGAUGGAGGAACCAAUGGAACUCAACAUCCACAUUUAACUAACAGGUUUUCACGCAGCAGUGAUGAUGUAAGGAAGUCAGAUGUUUAGCUUUUUAAUAGAAAAAAAUGGAGGGGGCUCUUCUGUAUACAGAGCAGUUUUAUAUCACUUUAAUUUGAUUCUCAUUAAGAUUUAGCACUAAAUUUUAGUCCCCCCAAAUAGGAUAUCCGGCAUAUAGAUAACAUGCAUAUUUAUACAAUUUGCAACUUUAAGUUGACUUUGUACAGGAAAUCUAAUUUAUUUUUAAUUUAUUAUUUUUAUACAUACAUUGAUAUUUUUGACAGUUGCCAUAUACUUAUACAAAAUUCAAUGGGACAAUCUGUCUGUGGCAUCUAUUAAAGUAUUCGUUUUUGUAUAAAUUAAACCAGUGUUCCUCAACUCCAGUCCACCUACCGGUCAUGAUUUGAGAAUAUCCCACAGAAUGAAUAGCGGUGGUAAGUUCUGAUGUAUGGACACUAAUUAUAUCACCUGCUCAAUACUAAAGAAAUCCUGAAAACAUGACUGGUAGGUGGGUCCUGAGGACUGGAGUUGAGGAACACUGCAUUAAACGAAUAUCAAAACAGUAUUAUGCACCUAGCCUUAGUAUUUCCUAUAAAAGUUUUAUGUUACUGGAGAAGCUUUAUAAACCUUCACGUUCAAGUACAUCUGUGACUUUUCCAAAGUGUUUUUUUGAGAUCUUUUUACUAAUGAUCUAUCCUCUGGAUAGGUCAGCAGCACCGCAGCCUUCUCACAGCUUUACCUAGGCCAUCUAAUGACAUGUUCAUUGGUUACAUGGCCGAGGUGCAGCUGAAGUGAAUGGGGCUGAGCUGCGAUACUAAGCACAGCCACUAUCAAAUGGAUGGUGCUGUACUUGGCAAACAGGGAGAAGGCCGCGGCACUACUAUGAGCGCCAGUGCCUUCUCAAACAGCUGAUCGGCGGGGGUCCCAGAUAUCAGACCUGCAGCCACCACUAGGGGAGCUUACUGCAUACUAUGCCAUGCCCCCAAAUGCUAUGAAAUAACAAAAAAAUGCUAUACUUAUCUCUUUCCCAAAUGCCAUUCUCUGUACCAACGAUCUUGUACUCCUGCCAUGACUUGUUUACAAACUGCAGCGGUGAUGUACAGGUAUACAGCACCUGACCGCUGCAGACAAUCACUGCCCUCAGAGAAAGAGGUAAAUAUACCAUCAUUUUUUAUUCUACAGCAUUCUGAGUCAUGUCUGAGAUUUAUAAUUAUCUGAUAAAAGCAGUGUGCAGGAAUCUCCUAAAAUCCCUUUAGUGACGUCUGAAGAAAACACAACUUUACAUUUUAACUCUGUCAUCUUUGUAUCAGAAGAACAGCGCUAUAACUACUAUAAUGCAAUUUUCAGGAGACAGUCAGUACAAAAAAAAAAUCACAUUUGAGUUAAGUAUGGGCCUCAACUUCAAAGGGUCACAGAGUUUUCAAAAAACGUUUGAUAUGUCAAAGAGACAUAUCAAAUGUUUUAAUUGGUGGGGGUCUGAGUUCUGAGACCCCUGCCAAUUGUUAGAAUGAGACGCCUUCAUAUAUCUUGCUCUCUCUUGCUGCAGGAGACGGAGUUUAUUUGAAGUCUAUGGGACCAUUGCGAUUUCGAGGAGAGAGAGCAGAAAAUGCAGGCGCUUCCCUUGUCUCGAUUUAGCGAUCGGUGGGGGUCUUAGCAUUCAGACUGCCACCAAUCAAAACUGUUAAUAUGUCUCUGGCAUGUCAAAAGUUUUGUGAAAACUCAGUGAACCUAUAAGAAACUUGUCAUGGUUAGUGCACAUGUAAAAAUACAUACCAUCUCAAUCCCACAAUAUUUAGAUGUUGUUAAUGUAAAAUUACCAAGCCCCACCUGACGUCAUUGAGCCUAUAUCUUCCUUUUUC